CCCCAACCUUAACAUAAAUCACACCAACAUUCUACGUACGAACUCAUUAUCUUUUCCAUUCUCCAAAACCAAAUCGAAAUGGCUAGCCCUCAAAUGAGACCGGUAGUGUCACUCCUGUUGGUCUUGAACUUUUGUAUGUAUGCCAUUCUUCUAGGCAUCGGUGGUUGGGCAAUGAAUGUUGCCAUUGACCAUGGUUUUAUCCUCGGUCCAGAGCAUGAGUUGCCGGCUCAUUUUUCACCAAUUUAUUUUCCAAUGGGAAAUUGGGCGACGGGAUUCUUUGUGACUUUUACGUUGAUCGCGGGUGUUGUUGGUAUUGCGUCGAUUUUAGUUGGAUUCGAUCAUUAUCGAGCUUGGGAGUCCGCUAGCAAGUCUGCAGCAAUAUCAUCCGCUUUAGUUGCAUGGACUCUUACCGUCCUUGCCAUGGGGUUUGCAUGGAAGGAAAUUGAGCUUGAAGGAAGAAAUGUCCGCUUGAGAACCAUGGAGGCAUUCACAAUUAUUCUUUCGGUAACUCAACUCGUAUACGUAGCGGCCCUUUAUGGGUAAUCGAUGCAGUGACUUCGCGAGAUGAUCUAUAGGCUUGUAAUUGUGCUUGGAUUUAUUUUUUUAUUUGCCUAAUUUCCUUUUGUUUUUAUGUACGUAUCGAUUAAUUUGUAUGAUGCAACAUAAUCAUAUACACAUGUAUUCUUAAAUUGUUUUUAUUUUUAUUUUUAUUUUUAAUAAUUUAAUGUGUAUUGUAUCUUGUCGUUUUGAA